AUGAAUAAUUUUCUUCGGCUUGCCUUCUUGUUUUUCUUUGGCGCAAUAACCUCGUGCGCUUUCGACUGUAAUGGCCGUGAACUCUCUUACAAUGAUUUCUCCGUCGAUGUGGCUCAUCUGAUCGAUGCUGAUAAAUCUAUUAAUACUCUAAAUGGACCGACCAAUGAUGCUUCAAUUUGGAGUGGAUUGUCUUCCCUGUUUCUUCGAGAAAAUCUUGAAUCAAAUCGUCUUGGGAUUUUGCAUUUCAUUGAUGAGGAUUCCAAGACUUCCGCGAAGUGUUAUCCAGAGGUCCCCUUGAAAAGGGGAGACAGGAUGAUUCUUUUAUUUCAUCUUUUGUAUGUAGAUAUGGGUCCUCCAGAAACCAGAGCGACGACAACAAGAGCUUUGAUCCCGACCCUUGAUUUGGUGCUGGAUGACGAUUUCGGAUGGAAUUCAACGAAAAUCAACCGUGAUGGAAAAGUUGAAGUGAAGCUUGUUACGAUAGCCACCAAUAAAUCUCCAACCUUGGAGGGGUUCGCGAGUCGUCCAGCUUGGCAGCCUGGUAUGAAGAAGCAGUGCACUACCUCUAACCCUCCCUCGAAGGACGAUGUUGCGAAAAUACUGGCACAGAAAAAUACUCACUUGGCGGUUGCCGUUCUGGACAGCGCCAGUGAGGAGGUCGAGAGCGCGUGGAAAGGACUGGAGGGCGCACAUGUUUAUGUGAAGAGGGGGCCCGUGCCGGACUACGAAAAAUUGGAUGAAACGUUCAUACCGAUGUUCAAUUCAAUUUUUUGCGCUGCCUAUGAAGAUGCAAUGACGACAACAACUACAACAACGACGACGACGACUACAACAACUACGACGACGACGACGACUACAACAACUACGACGACGACGACGACUACAACAACUACGACGACGACGACUACAACAACUACGACGACGACGACGACUACAACAACUACGACGACGACGACUACAACAACUACGACGACGACGACUACAACAACUACAACAACUACAACAACUACAACGACGACGACGACAACAACGACGACGACGACAACGACGACGACAACAACGACGACGACGACAACAGCGACGACGACGACAACGACGACGACGACAACGACGACGACGACAACAGCGACGACGACGACGACGACCACAACAACGACGACGACGACGACAACAGCAACGACGACGACGACAACAGCAACGACGACGACGACGACGACAACAGCAACGACGACGACAACCACUACGGCAACUACGACAAUUGCGACUGCGGCAACAACUACGACUACAAGAACAACUACACCUGCGACAACUACUGCAGCAACAAGUACCGAUUCCGACGAGAGCGACUCUGAAUGCAACUGCAGUGAUGGAUGCGUGAAGGUUGCAGUAAAUGUGAAGGUCGAGCCGAUUGCGCUUCCGUCAAAAGAGGCGUUUUUAAGCUGA